UCAAUUUAAAACAACAUUUACAAAUUUUAGCCCCUAAAAUACCCGUCUUCCUUUCCCCUUAUCUAGACAUAGAAAACUCACAUCAAUUCCUAAAACUAACCAGUUAAAACUUGUUUUAAAUUGCCACUUAAAUUAGAAAUAUAAUCAUAUUUUAUUAUAAAAUUUAUCUCACAGAAAUGCAUCAAUUCUUGAUGUAUCACAUUUUCAGUUAUUGAAUCAAAAUUUUCAUUUAAAAUUAUCUAAUUGUCUAAUAACGGAUGAAAUCAGGAGAAUCGAGUAAGAUUGAAUCAAACUUAGCCUGUAUUCAUCCUUAAACGAAGAAACUUCGACAGUCCUGUUUCAGAACUCUGAUUGCACCCCAUAAUGAUUUCAUUCAUUAUAGAAAGAGUUAACAUUAAGUUUUUGUAAUGAAUCCUCCAAAACAAGCCGGUUCACACUUUACAAUAAAAAGACCCCGUCAACGGUUGUCGAAAUGUUACAUUUCUAGUGGCUUCACCAGUUUCACGGCUAGACCCCUUCAACGUAAUAUCAAAAAAGACUUGAGUCUUCAUCAAUGGUGGCCGAUCGCAGAAUCGACGUCCGGACGAGAUGAAGAGAUGAGCGGGCAGCGAGCCCGGGCCCCUCACAAUGGAAGCGCACAAUAGCGUUGUCCCGGGCGUGCAUAGGUAAGUCGCACGUGUCACAUCUCCGCCGGCCACCUGAUUGGCCCGACCCGGGGACCCCACACCUGAACCACAACAGGUAGAGGGUGUGCGGAUUGCGCUCAGUUCCACUCCGAACAACGUCGCCGUCGUACCGUGCAUACCAUAGCGCAAAACUCCACUUGACCACUUGGUUUUCAGAUACGGUCCGUCCGCUACGCCCGUGAAUUCCACUGUUUCUAUGUGUUGUGCUGUUUUGUUUGUUGUUGUUGUUGUUCGUUGUUUGGUGAUCAGACGUUCGGUUGUUUGGUUUCCCUGUGGAUUAAUAAGCACGGUGCCAUUUCCGCCCUGGACACGGUCAAAUCAAACAUGCAUCUGGGCAGUUUAAUCUGGCUGGUGGUGCUAGCCGUCACGGAGGUCCACAGGACGAAGUCCGAGGAGCUGGAGGUGUCGCCGGAAGCGUUCAAAGAGGUGGAGGGCAGCUUGAUGUCGUUGUUCGGCUUCAAGGGUCGACCGAAAUUGGACAGGAGCAAGAUCGUCAUACCGCAGGAGAUGAUCGACAUGUACGAGAGGCAGAUGGGGUUCCCGUUAGACACCACGUCCAUACCGAAAAAAGGAUUGAACACCCAAACCGCCAACACGGUCAGGAGCUUCGCUCAUGCAGAGAGCUCAAUCGAUGACCGAUUUAAGGGCCACCACAAGUUCAGGUUAAAGUUCGACGUGGACGGCGUACCCAAGGAGGAGAUGUUGAAGGCAGCCGAAGUUGUCUUGAAACGAGUCAUUAUGAAGCUUCCCAACGACGAACGGUAUCAAAGGAUCAUGAUAAGCGACAUAGUUCGGCCGGGCAUUAAAGGAAAGGAAGGUCCGAUCACCAGGUUGAUAGACACGAAAGUGGUGGACACGCACAAAGACACGCCGGUGAGCGUGGACGUGCUGCCGGCCGCACGCAGAUGGUUCGAGGAUCCGAAAAACAAUCACGGCAUCCUCGUGGAGAUCACCGGCAAGAGCAAGAAGUCGAGGCACAUCCGCCUGAAGAGGCACGCCGAAGACAUGAACACGUGGAGGUCGUCGCAACCGAUCCUGUACACGUACACGGACGACGGGAAGUACAAGCACAGGACGAAGAGCGAGAUGACGUCGGUGCGUAGGAAACGGGCCACCAGGAAGGUGACGAAGACGCAGUGCAAACGGCAGAGGAUGUACGUGAAUUUCACGCGCGUCGACUGGAACGAUUGGAUCGUCGCACCACCCGGCUAUGAGGCAUACUUUUGCCAUGGCGUGUGCGACUUCCCCAUCGCCGACCACCUCAACGCCACGAACCACGCCAUCGUGCAGACCCUCUUCAAUUCGAUGAGGCCGUCGCAGGUGCCGAGGGCGUGCUGCGUACCGACCGAGUUCAACUCGAUUUCCAUGUUGUACUUGGAUGAUGAGGAAAAGGUGGUGUUGAAGAACUACAAGGAGAUGGUGGUGGUCGGCUGCGGCUGUCGGUAGUUCUCUCUACACAAGAGGCGACAUCCGCAGUGUCGUGUCCCAAUCCGCGUCUGUGAUCUGUUAAACGAGGCUACGUACCACAACAGUACUAGUUUUACUUUUUAUUAUUUUUUUUUUGUAGUAGACCCAGUAAAUAUAGACUAAUUUAUAUAAUGCCGUGCACCCGACGGAUCCGUGCAUGGGACUAUUGAAAUGUAUCCGCAUCUGUGAUUGUAAUUUUAAUUUAGAAAGAAACGCGGGACGGUCCAAGACAAAUUGACGCACUCAUUGAGACGUACAUACGUUUGUAACAAACGAUUUGUUGGUUCUUUUGUGUACUAUAAUUGUAUUUAACGCCCGUUUGAAAUGGAUCGUUCCCAAACGUUGCUUCGUACAAGUUUUAACGUUACCGGUCUGUGUUAGUCAGUUUGUAUAUAUUGUAUAUAGUUGUUGUUAAUUAUGACUGAUGUGGGCCAUCUAACGCAAAAUUUUGUUGACUUGUUUUUGAUAAUUUAUUAUUGUGAAAUUAAAUUGUUGGACGUGUGAAAAACAGUAGUUUAAGCUUGUACAUUAGAAAAAUAUGAAGCAACUGAGUCAUGUGUAAUAUAUUAGUACCUGGAUAAGGAGUAUUUAUUAACUAUUUUAUAAAAAUGUGCAUAUUGUACAUAUAAGAUGUAAAAAAUAGGUAAAAACUUAUUUCGUAAAAAUAUUUUUGUACAAAAUGUAUAUAAACAUAUAUAUUAAAAUAUUUUAUCUCAUCAA